ACAGCCCAUUCAGAAUCGCCGAGACACGUUUUGCGGUGCUGCUGUCUUUGCAAGUUGCUUUACAGUUCAUCUAGCUCAUCCCAUUUGGUCUUCACUCUAAUUCUCCGGGAAAGCAGGAAGGCUUAUUUCCGCCUUACAGAGGAGGACUGGGAGGUUCACGGGGGCUAAGUUCACACAGCAAGCUCCAGAAGCCCGCCCCCUUUCCACCCCACGGAGCUUCAUCCUUUCGCCUGCAACACCUACGUGGGGACCCCAGGAGCUGGAUUUCAGAAACUCCCAGAGUGGCCGUCGGGACCCUGUCACAAGAACAAUGCUGCCCCGAUGGGAACUGUGUUUUUACCUAUUUGCUUCCCUAGGCUUCCACUUCUAUUCUUUCUAUGAAGUUUUCAAAGUCUCUAGAGAACAUGAAGAGGAACUGGACCAAGAAUUUGACCUGGAGACUGACUCUUUAUUCGGAGGAUUAAAGAAGGACCCAACUGACUUUGAGUGGAGCUUCUGGAUGGAGUGGGGGAAGCAGCGGCUGGCAUGGCUUCUCCUUGGCCACGUGGGUGUGUCUCAGGUAGCCAACCUGCUCGCAAGGAAGCACAGACCCUGGAUCCUUGCAGCCUACGGGAUGUGGGCCUGCCAUUGCGCGCUGGGGACCCGAGGCACGGCCAUGGUUCUUCUUCACACCACCAUCUCCUUCUGCGUAGCCCAGUUCCGGUCGCUGGCCCUGUCCUGGCUCUGUUCUCUCUUCCUCCUCUCGACACUGAGGCUGCAAGACGUGGAGGAAGUGAAGCGAGGCUGGUAUGAGACGGAGAACGAGUACUACUUGCUGCAGUUCACGCUGACGGUCCGCUGCCUGUACUACACCAGCUUCAGCCUCGAGUUGUGCUGGCAGCAGCUGCCUGCCGAGCGCGCCUUCUACUCCUUCCCCUGGAUGGUGGCCUACGUCUUCUACUACCCCGUCUUCCACAACGGGCCCAUCCUCAGCUUCCCGGAGUUCCUCACGCAGAUGCAGCCGCGGGAGCAGGGCUCGCUGAAGGACAGCUUUUCCAUCCUUGUCCGGGGGCUGGGCCGCCUCCUCUUCUACUGGUGGCUGGUGGAGCUGAUGGUUCAUCUCAUGUACACGCAUGCCAUCUGCAGCAGCGCCCCCCUCCUGAGCGCCGUCUCGUGCUGGACCUUGGGAGGCCUGGCGUUGGCCCAAGUGCUCUUUUUCUAUGUGAAGUACUUGGUGCUCUUCGGCGUCCCCGCUCUGCUCAUGCGCCUGGACGGACUGUCGCCGCCGCCCCUUCCUCGCUGCGUGAGCACCAUGUUCAGUUUCACGGGGAUGUGGAGGUAUUUUGAUGUUGGACUGCAUGAUUUCCUGGUUAGGUAUGUGUACAUUCCAGUGGGCGGGUCCCAGCACGGCCUGCUGGGGACACUGUUUUCCACUGCAGUGACCUUUGCGUUUGUGAGCUACUGGCACGGUGGGAAUGACUACCUCUGGUGCUGGGCAGCACUCAACUGGCUGGGGGUCACCGUGGAGAGCGGAGUCCGGAGGCUCGUGCAGAAACCGUCCGUCCAGGACAGCUUGGCUCAGGUCCUCUCCCCGCAAGCUCGCCGCCGCUUCCACGCCGCCCUUGCAUCUUGUUCCACGUCCAUGCUGAUCCUGUCCAACCUGGUGUUUCUCGGGGGCAAUCAAGUUGGGAAAAUCUACUGGAAUAGGAUCUUCAUUCAAGGCUGGCCGUGGGUGACCCUCUCUGUCCUGGGAUUCCUGUACUGCUAUUCCCACGUGGGCAUUGCCUGGGCCCAGACGUACGCUGUAGAUUAAUGCCGCCAGGUCAGGCCAGCCCUUGUUGCUGGCUUCCAAGGCAAAUGGUGCUCCACCCUGACCUUGAACUCCAAGGUAACCUCCAGGGGACCAGUGCUUGAUCUGUUCAUCUUUUGUUGAAGUUACCUCACUCCAAGUCGGGGAGCUUGAGCUCUCAUAACUUUGGGAACUUGGAGCCCCUCCUCCCCGGCCCCAUCACCUUCCUGCUGAGUAAGCUGGGGUCCAAAGCAGCAAAAGGUCUUGCCUAGCUACACAUGGUGACACUGUAGUCCAGGCCCCAGUCCCAAGGGCCCUCCAGGUUCUUGCUCCUUUACCAAGAAGUCGAUGCAAUAAACAUUUCUUGAUUGAGGCACAGAAAUCCUGAUUAGUGAUGGCCCUGUCCUCCAUGGGGUGGUAAACAUGUUGGGUUGGUGACGUUGAAGUGACCCCUUCCCUCUGACCUGCAGCAUGGUUUCUAGAACCAGCACUGGGUUCAGCUUCACAUUUUAGCUCCUCAGCAGGGAGGUGACAAAGCCACAGCUGUGUUUCUAAUUAUCCCGACCCAGAAGGCAGCAUAUGUUCUGUGGGUGGCACUGCAAAGAGUUGGGACCCACGGGAGCUGUUAUUGGAGCUUCUUCAGCAGCAUCUACGUUUGCUUGCCUGUUCCCUAGAUUUUUCAGAGAAGAAUAAACAUGGCAGUUCUUCCACCUGACAGUUAAUUGUUUCCCAGCAAAGAAGCAAAAUUUAAAAACAAAACCAAAAACACCCAGGGAAUUAGUGGAUCGCGGACAGUGUUACGAGGUGAAGCAGUGUGGGAAGAGGAGCAGGAUGCCUUCCUGUGGCCCCAACUGUCCUCUUCCCACCGAGUGUCGUGCACUCUCUGGUUUGCACUGUUCUGUUUCGUUCCGAAUAAAAUGGAGGCUGUUUUUCACACAGA